CGGCAAUUCGUUGAGUUCGGUUUGCUAAAUCCAAGCGGUUGAAUUGGACGAGAAUAAAGAGCUUACGCAGCUCGGAGUGAUUUUCGAAUAUUGUUGACAGCGAUUUUAGGUGCUCCACGAAUCCACGAAUCCACGAUGACGCGGCCGCUGACGAUGCGGAGUUGGCUGACGAUGGUGACGAUGGCGUUGCUCUUGGCGCUAACCACCUGGCCGGAUCCCUCCCAGAGCUUGCCACAAGGUGCUCCAGAGACCGUGUGCGACACCAUGCUGCCGUUCCACUCCGGCGGCAGUGUGCUGCCCCAGAACAGCGUCUCGCCCUUCAGCGUGGAGACCUCCUCCUCCACCCUCGGCCAGGGUCAGACGCUUCGUGUGGAUCUCACGGGAGUCCCGGCGGGUCUGAGCUUCGGUGGCUACAUGAUCCAGGCUCGCAACCGCAAUCCGCCCCAUCAGAUCGUGGGUCAGUUUUCACCCGCCCGCGAUGGAACCAUCAAGCUGAUGAACUGCGAGAGCUCCGUGAAUAACUCGGCCACUCACAGCAAUGCUGGGCCCAAGCAGCAGGUUCUCCUGGAGUGGCAGUCUCCGGUGGACUUCCUCGGCCAGGUGGUCUUCAAUGCCACGAUUGCCCAGAGCUACAAUGAAUUCUGGGUGGGUGUGCCCUCUCAGCCCGUUCAGAUAGUUCGCCGGGAUGUUUCGGGUCCACCACUGCCCACCCAGGCUCCUCCUGCAGGUUUGGGGACCACUCGGGCUCCCUAUGUUCCGCCCAGCUAUGUGGCACCCAAUAAUGUGGCCGCCGUGGUCGCCGAUCCCAUCUACAAUGGCUGCGGACAGAGCAAGAACUGCUUUGGUUUCCCCGACGGAUGCGUGGCCUCCAAGACCUGUACCUCCGUCUCCGCGGUCACCGUGAGGGGGGAUGUCUUCGAGUUCGAGAUUCAGUCCGGCAAGGGAACCAAUGCCGCCUAUGUGGCCGUGGGUCUUUCCGAUGAUGCCAAAAUGGGUGACGACCUGAGCACCGAGUGCGUUCCAGAGAACGGAAGAGUCAACCUGUAUUCCUCCCUGACAUCGCUCGCACCCUAUGCAGCUGUGAGAUCAAGUGUGAGUCAGAACUCCGCCCGCCUGUUGGACGCCUCGAUAGUGGAUGGAGUGAUCUACUGCCGGGUGCAAAGGGAUGCGGUGACCACUGCGGCCAACGGACGCACCUUUGACCUCCGCAAUGGCAUGUACCACCUGCUGGUGGCUUCGGGCAGUACGCUCAAGGAGAACAGCGUGGGCUACCACGACAUCGGACGCCUGCCCUCGGCUCAGGCCAUCAAUCUGGCGGAGGUGCAGGACUUGGGCGGAUCCAGCAGGCUGUUGGUGCAGCUCCACGGAGCCUUCAUGAUCGCCGCCUGGAUUGGAACCACCUCGCUGGGCAUCAUCUUCGCCCGCUACUUCAAGCAGACUUGGGUGGGCAGCCAGAGCUGCGGCAAGGAUCAGUGGUUCGCCUGGCAUCGCCUCCUGAUGGUCACCACCUGGUCGCUCACCGUGGCCGCCUACGUGCUCAUCUGGGUGGAACUGAAGCGGGCGGUGUGGCAUGCCCACUCGAUCAUAGGUCUGAUCACGGUGAUCCUGUGCUUCCUCCAGCCCAUUGGAGCCCUGUUCCGACCGGGACCCAAUGACAAGAAGAGGCCGUACUUCAACUGGGGUCACUGGCUGGGCGGCAACCUGGCCCACAUCCUGGGAAUUGUCACCAUCUUCUUCUCUGUCAAACUGCCCAAGGCCGAGUUGCCAGAGUGGAUGGACUGGAUCCUGGUCAGCUUCGUGGUAGUGCAUGUCCUGGUCCAUCUGAUAUUCUCCAUCACGGGCAUGGCCUCGGAACGCCAUCUCAGCCAGCGGGCGAACACCUUCCAAAUGGGGGAUAUGUCGCAUCAUCAGCAGCACGCCAUGCGAAAUGGCAUGAGCAUGGAGCGGAAGAUGGAUGCCCCAUAUGGUGCCAUGCGAAAGGGACUGCUUGGAGUCUACGGCGUGGUGCUGGUUCUCUUUGUGGUGGUGCUGAUCCUGCUGGUGGUGCUGGCGCCCAUCGAACAAUUCCUGGGCAAGUCCUAGGCGAAUGUCCUGCAGCCCUGCCCCCUCCUCCUCCCAAUACUCGUAUCAGUUUUGUGUGCUCAUUGUUUAAGCCCUUCCGCCCACGGCUCUGCCCUGCCCACCACCCCUCUUCUUUUUCCCUGUUGUUAAGUGUAAUUAGGCGCAAGCGUAACCAAGGGCGGAGCGUUCAGUACAUGUUAUAUAAUUUAUUAUUAAUAAAAUAAAACAAGCCAACAUAAA